CUCUGAAUAUUAUCAAAGAAAAGGCAAAAGUAUUUAAAAAAGGGACCAAACUUUUCUUUGUUCCCACAACCACCUUUUCUCUCAAUAUAGGAAAAAUGAAGUCACCAUCCCAGUUUUUAUUUAAGCAAAAGCAUGUUGUCCUGAAAUUGCUUAUAUUCAUACUCUUCAAUUGUUCAAUCAACAAAAGUAACAUCUGUUGUAAUCAUAAUUUUGCCUCCCCUUCAAGUUUGAUUAUUCAAACAUCGAAACAACUGAAACUUGAAGGGGACCUUAGUUUUGAAAAAUUAAAUCAUGUAGCCAAAGACUUUGGUAAUAGAUGUCACUUCCUUCCAUUAGCAAUUUUGUACCCAAAAUCAGUUUCUGAUAUAUCUUCCCUCAUAAAACAUAUCUCCGAAAUCGGUAAUAUACCUGUUGCUGCUAGAGGCCAUGGCCACUCUCUAGAAGGCCAAGCUCAAGCUUAUCAAGGACUGGUGAUUAAUAUGGAAUCACUUCAAACACCAGAAAUGAUAUUCAAAACUACGGAACUUCCUUAUGUUGAUGUUUCUGCUGGAGAGCUUUGGAUAAAUAUCCUGCAUGAAAGUCUUAAACUUGGGCUUGCACCUAAAUCUUGGACUGAUUAUCUUCGCCUCACAGUUGGUGGCACUUUGUCUAAUGCUGGAAUCAGUGGACAAGCUUUCAAGCACGGACCGCAGAUCAAUAACGUCUACCAACUCGAGGUUGUCACUGGUAAAGGAGAGGUGAUUACUUGUUCAGAGGAGCAGAAUGCAGACUUAUUCCAUGGUGUACUAGGAGGACUAGGGCAGUUUGGAAUUAUUACCAGGGCAAGAAUUGCUCUUGAAACAGCACCUAAGAAGGUCAAGUGGAUCAGAGUAUUGUAUUCAGAUUUUGCCGCAUUUUCCAAUGAUCAAGAAAGCUUGAUAUCAUCUCAGGAUACAUUUGAUUAUAUUGAAGGAUCUGUCAUUAUCAAUAAAACAGGACUAUUGAAUAACUGGAGGUCUACUUUCAAUCCUAAAGAUACACUUCUAGCUAGCAAUUUCAGUUCUGAGGGCAAAGUUUUAUUCUGCCUAGAAGUUGCCAAAUACUUUAAUCCAGAAAACAAAGAUAGUACUGAUCAGAACAUUGAUAUCCUCUUAUCAAAGUUGAAUUAUAUCCGAUCCACGAUGUUCCUAUCAGAAGUUUCCUACGUGGAAUUCCUUGAUAGAGUGCAUGUUUCUGAGGUGAAACUCCAAGAAAAGGGGUUGUGGGAUGUUCCUCAUCCAUGGCUAAACCUUCUAAUUCCAAAAAGCAGGAUUCUUUAUUUUGUACAAGAAGUUUUUGGAAAGAUUCUUACUGACAGUAUCAAUGGUCCUAUACUCAUCUACCCCGUCAACAAAUCAAAGUGGAGAAAAGGAACAUCACUGGUUACCCCUGAAGAAGAUGUUUUUUACCUGAUCUCUUUUCUGUCUUCCGCUAUGCCAUCUUCAACAGGAAAGGAUGGACUAGAAAAUUUGCUAGAUCAGAACAAAAGGAUACUUAAUUUUUGCAGAAAAGCACGUAUUGGAAUGAAACAAUAUUUGGCAAAUCACAAGACUCAGGAAGAGUGGAAAGAUCAUUUUGGUCCUCAAUGGGAAACAUUUGCUAGAAGGAAAUCCAUAUAUGACCCUUUGGCUAUUCUUGCUCCAGGCCAGAGGAUUUUCAGAAGGGCACCAGCCUGUGAACCACAAUGAGCUUUUCAGUAUAAAUAACUUUAAUAGAUAGUCUUUAGCUUUAGAUGAAUGGCCAUCAUGCUCAAAAGUGCAAUGAACAAAUGUACAUUCUUAAGUGUGGCGGGACGGGUUAAAAAGCACCAGCUGACCCGCCUCACUGCCAUCCCUAUAUAUGUUUCUAUGAAAUUUGCCUAUUAGGUAAAGAUUUUAGAUAAUGAAAUGUACAUUCUUAAGUGGUCAGGUGGUACUUGGUAGUUCUACUUUUUAUAACUAAAUGGGAUGCAGUUUGUUUUC